AUGGGGGAGGAGGACGCGCGCGAGAUGCCUGGCGAUUCGCCGAGGCUGCCGUGGGAGCCCGGCGACGCCGAGCAGUUCGACGCCGCGUCGCUCGGCGAGGAGGCGUACGUCGUCGACGAGGAGGAGGUCUCGGACGCGGAGAUGAGCGAGGGGUCGCCGGUGGCGCCCUUGGAGUCCCCCGCGCCGCCUUGUCCUCCUCCGCUGCGGAGGCGACUGGCGCCGGCCGUGCCGUCGGACGUGCCGGAGGAGGUGGUGCGGGCGGUGGACGCGGUGAUCAUGGGCGGCGGGCUCGAGCGCCUCCGCGAGAUGGUCUCCGGGGAGGACGGGGAGGUCUCGCACUUCAUCGUGGACGUGCUGAUGAUCACGAUGGGCGGCGUCGACGGCCUUGACGAGGGGGCAGGCGACGGCGCCGUCACGGUGCCUAGCAUCAUGUCCAGCUCGCGCGCGGCCGCCAUCGCGGCCGAGCUCCUCCCCUACCUCCCCUGCGGCGUCGAGCCGUCGCCGCGCACUCGCAUGGCUCGCGCCCUCCUCGCCACUCUCAGCUCCUGUACCCGGAACCGCACCAUGUGCACCUCAUCGGGUCUUCUCGCCACCCUCCUCGACGCUGCAGAGAAGCUGUUCGUCGGAAUGGGUCAGAGCAGCAAGUGGGACGGAGCACCGCUUGUGCAAUGCAUUCAAGUGCUAGGUGGGCACUCGGUUACUGUCAAGGACCUGCAUUCCUGGCUUCUCCUGAUCAAGAAGGCGCUUGGGACGUGCUGGGCCACGUCGUUGACCAUCGCGUUGGAGAAGGCUGUUGGCUGCAAGGAGGCCAAGGGUCCUGCAGUGACAUUUGAGCUUGGCGGGGAGGGCUCCGGCUUGCUCGCCCCUGCGGAAAGCCGGUGGCCAUUCUCGAACGGUUUUGGGUUUGCAACGUGGAUAUAUGUUGAGUCAUUCUCGGACUCGCUCAACACAGACAUGGCUACAGCCGCAGUUGCGGCCGCUGCAGCAUCAACGUCCGGGAAGUCAUCACCGUCAGCUGCAGCCGCUGCUGCUAGCACACUUGCCGGAGAGGGGACGAAGCACAUGCCCCGGCUUUUCUGUUUCCUCACUACGGAUAGCCAUGGUGUGGAGGCCUACUUCCAUGGCCACUUUCUGGUCGUGGAGAGUGGGGCUGGGAAGGGGAAGAAGGCUUCUCUGCAUUUCACUUACGAAUUCAGACCACAGUGCUGGUAUUUUGUUGGUUUGGAGCACACAAGCAAGCAAGGCCUGCUAGGGAAGGGCGAGAGCGAAUUACGGUUGUAUGUGGAUGGGGAGCUUCAUGAGAGCUGUCCAUUUGAGUUACCUCGCAUCUUGAAACCUCUGGCCUUCUGCUGCAUUGGGACGAACCCACCACCAACUAUUGCUGGCCUUCAGCAGCGCUGGCGACAAUGCCCAUUGUUUGCGGAAAUGGGUCCAAUCUACAUAUUCACGGAGCCAAUUGGGCCGGAGAGAAUGAGCCGGAUAGCUUCUAGGGGUGGCGAUGCACUCCCUAGCUUCAGCAAUGGCGCUGGUUUGCCUUGGAAAGCUACAAAUGCUCACAUUAGGCACAUUGCAGAAGACAACUAUACACUUGAUAUCGAGAUUGGAGGAAGCUUAUAUCUUCUUUAUCAUCCUAGUCUACUUAAUGGCCGAUUCUGUCCUGAUGCGUCACCUUCUGGUUCAGCAGGUACCCACAGAAGACCUGCAGAAGUUCUUGGGAUGGUUCCUUUAUCAUAUCGAGUGCAACCUGCGGAGUCAUUGUGGGCAUUAGCUUACGGAGGUCCGAUGGCUUUGCUACCAUUGACUGUGAGCAAUGUUGCAAUGGAUAAUCUGGAACCUAUACUCGGGGAUUUAUCAUUGUCUCUUGCAACUGCUUCUCUUUCUGUUCCUAUUUUUAGGAUUAUUUCGCUGGCAAUUCAACAUUCUGGAAACAAGGAAGAGAUAUGCCGUGCCCAUGGACCAGAGCUUCUAUCGCAAGUGUUACAUUACCUAUUAGAAACACUAUCAAAAUUAGAAAGUGGGGAGAAAAAGAUACUGAGUGACGAGGAGCUUGUUGCAGCAGUUGUAUCUGUGUGUCAGUCUCAAAAAAAUGAUCAUGGUCUUAAAGUGCAGCUCUUUAGCACUUUGCUGUUGGACCUGAAGAUGUGGAGUUUAUGCAACUAUGUUUUGCAGAAAAAACUUCUAUCUUCACUGGCUGACAUGGUUUUUGCAGAAUCUGCUUGCAUGUAUGACGCGAACGCACUUCAGAUGCUCCUUGAUGGGUGCAGAAGGUGUUACUGGGUAAUUCAUGAAGCAGAUUCAAUCGAUACAUUCACAUUUACUGGAACUGAGAGGCCUUUAGAGAAAGUGAAUUCUCUUGUUGAUGAGCUAUUGGUUGUUAUUGAACUGUUAUUAGGAGCAGUAUCUUCUUCAUUGGCUUCUGAUGAUGUUCGCUCUUUGGUUGGAUUUGUUGUUGACUGUCCACAACCUAACCAGGUUGCUAGGGUGUUGCUCCUCAUCUAUAGAUUGAUUGUACAUCCAAACAUAUCUAGAGCUAACAUCUUUGCUCAGUCAUUCAUUUCCCGAGGAGGUGUAGAGGCAUUACUUGUUCUUCUGCAAAGGGAAGCUAAAUCUGGUGAUAACAAUAUUUCCGACAGUUGUAAUGUACCUCAAAAUUCUGUGUGGAAUGCUGGUUCUGACUCAAAAUCUACUAGCAAUGAUUUGGAUUUGAAAACUACUUCUGGUGAAGCAAACUGCAACGGCCAUAAGACUCAAUCACUGGAGCAUCAUGAACCACCCUGUCAUGAAGGCAGCAGUGAACCUGGAGUUGCUAGCAAAUGGUGCUUAUUAAAGAAUCAGUUCCUAAAGAAUCUAGGUGGCAUUGACUUUCCAAAUCUUGCAGACAAUGUUCAGAACAACAUAUACAAUAUCGAUAAUGGAGAUGGAGUUCUUGUUGGAAUUGUUCAUGUUUUGGGUGCUUUAGUCGCAUCAGGUCACCUUAAAUUUAACUUGCCUACUGCAAAGCCAAAUUUGCCCAGCAGUUUUCUAAGUACCUCCAAUGGCGAAGGCAAUUCCAUGUUUGAAGACAGAGUUUCUUUGCUGCUGUUUGGAUUGCAGAAAGCUUUCCAAGCAGCUCCAAGAAGGCUUAUGACCAGAAAUGUCUAUAGAGCUUUAAUUUCUGCUGUGAUCAAUUUUCCUUCAGCAAAUGAUAGCUUGAACCUACAUGAUUCUGGCCACCGUGUUAAGCAUAUUCCACUUCUGUUAGUUCUACUCCGCUCUCUUCCAUUUGCAUCAUGGGCAUUCCAAGCUCGCGCUAUUCAGGAUCUUCUAUAUUUGGCUAACAGUAAUAGUGAGAAUAGAAUAGCACUGACUUCCAUUGCAGAAUGGCCCGAAUGGAUUUUGGAGGUCUUGUUGUCAAAUCAUGAGAUGGGUGAUAACCAUGGUUCAGUUGGUCCAAGCUUAAGUGAGGUGGAAGACAACAUAUACAAUUAUCUAGUUAGUAUGUUGGAACAUUCGAUGCUGCAGAAAGAUGGGUGGAAGGAUGUAGAGGCAACAAUACAUUGUGCAGAAUGGCUUUCAUUGGUUGGAGGAUCUAGCGCUGGGGACCAAAGAAUUAGGCGUGAGGAGGCAUUACCAAGUUUUAAAAGAAGAUUGUUAGGUAGUCUGCUUGAAUUUUCUGCCCAGGAGCUUCAAGUUCAGCAGACUGAAGGGAUCACUGCUGCAGCAGCUGGUGUUGCUGUGGAGGGUAUGAUGUCCAAGGAAACCAAAAUCCAAUCAGAAAAAGUUACCCAUCUCUCUGUAGCCUUGGCUGAGAAUGCAAUUGUUCUUCUGAUGCUCGUAGAAGAUCACCUGAGGUCACGCAGUCAACAUUAUUUCUCAUCCUGCUCAAUUGAUAGUGCUGCAUCUCCUGCCUCAGUGGCUUCAUUGAGCAGGACUGGUAGUGAACCUCUGGAUGCAGGGGGCUCAAGGCAAUCUCUGUCCAGUGAUGCUGGUGGUCUUCCUGUUGAUGUUCUUGCUUCUAUGGCUGAUACAAGCGGACAAAUUUCUUCUGAGGUGAUGGAACGUGUCACUGCAGCAGCAGCAGCAGAGCCAUAUGGAUCUGUUAGGCAUGCAUUUGUAUCAUAUGGGAGCUGUGUUUCAGAUCUCUCAGAAGGUUGGAAGUACAGAAGUCGAUUAUGGUAUGGUGUAUGCAUUCCACCUAAAUCCAAUAUCUUUGGUGGUGGAGGAAGUGGUUGGGAAUCUUGGAAGUCUGUUCUAGAGAAGGACUCCAAUGGAAACUGGAUUGAACUUCCAUUAGUGAAGAAAUCUGUUAUGAUGCUGCAGGCACUUUUACUAGAUUCUCGACUUGGGGGCUGCCUUGGCAUUGCAGGGGGAUCUGGGGCUGGCAUGGGUGCGAUGAGUGCACUUAAUCAGUUGUUGGAUAGUGAUCAGCCAUUCUUUUGCAUACUUCGGUUGACACUUGCUUCAAUCAGAGAGGAUGACAAUGGGGAGGAUGAUAUUUUUAUGAGAAAUAUUAGCAUUAAGAAUGUCAUAUCUGAAGGAUUAGGCUCUCAAACUGGAAGCAUGAUGACAUGUGAUGAUAAUUCAUGUUUGCCUUCCAGAAGACCUCAAUCUGCACUUCUAUGGAGAGUGCUUGGUCCUAUUCUGAAUAUGCCUGUUUCUGAAUCUAAGAGACAGAGGGUUUUGGUUGCAUCUUCAAUUAUUUAUUCAGAGGUAUGGCAUGCCGUAAGUAGUGCCAGAAAACCAUUAAGGAAAAAAUAUGUUGGAUUGAUCAUGCCACCAUUUGUAGCUGUCCUGAAAAGAUAUCGCUCUGUUUUGGUUGGUAUUCAUGAGCUCACAUCUUCAGAUGGACAAAAUCCACUAGUUGUUGAUGAUUGUGCUUUGGCAGCAGACACUUUACCAAUUGAGGCUGCUGUUUCAAUGAUAUCACCUGGAUGGGCUGCUGCCUUUGCUUCUCCCCCGGUUGCAAUGGCAUUGGCCAUGAUUGCUGCUGGUACCUCUGGGACAGAAACAAUAACACCACCAACAAAUAAGUUGCGCAGGCGUGACACCUCACUUCUAGAGCGUAGAUCCGCUAAACUACAUACUUUCUCAAGUUUUCAGAAGCCUCUUGAUGCAACACCAAACCUACCAACAUCUGCACCAAAGGACAAAGCAGCUGCAAAAGCUGCUGCCUUGGCUGCUGCUCGUGACCUUGAGCGUAGUGCUAAGAUUGGCUCGAGAAGGGGUCUUAGUGCUGUAGCAAUGGCAACUUCAGGACAAAGAAGGGCUGCAGGUGAUAUUGAGCGGGCCCAGAGGUGGAAUACAUCUGAAGCUAUGGGUGCUGCUUGGUUGGAGUGCCUUCAGUCCGCUGAUUCAAAGUCAGUAUCAGGAAGGGAUUUUUCUGCCCUUUCAUACAAAUAUGUUGCACUUCUUGUUUCCAGUUUUGCAUUAGCACGAAACUUGCAACGAGUUGAGAUGGAGAGGCGGACACAGGUAGAUAUUUUGAAUCGUCGUUGUGCAUCUACUGGAAUUCGGGCAUGGCGGCGUCUUCUUCGUUGCUUAAUAGAGACAAGUAGGCUCUAUGGACCUUUCGGGGAACUUUUGUCUACUCCUGACAAUAUUUUCUGGAAAUUAGAUUCCACAGAAACUUCAUCAAGAAUGAGAAGAUUUAUGAAAAGAAACUACAAAUGGUCUGAACAUUUGGGUAUGGCUGAUAAUUAUGAGGAGCAUAUGCUUCUAUAUGAUGGCGCAGAGUCCAACAAUGGCCACAGGGAAGAUGGAGACUCUUUAUUUCCAAAUGCCCUUCGAACAGAUUCUUCCAUUAUAGUAGCUGAUGCAAUGCCAGUAGUUGGCGGACACGAAGAUACCGAGCAGACAGAAACUGAGACUAUCUGUAGCAGUGUAGAUGAUUCAAGUUCUGACUUUUCUAGUGUUCACAACUUGGUUCGGUCUACCGUGGUUGCACCGUGUUACAGUUCUGGCAAAAACAGUGAGAGAAUUAUUAUUGAACUGCCUUCGUUGUUGGUGUGUCCAUUCAAGGUUGUGCGGGGAACCUUCCAAGUCACAUCAAAGAUGAUUAACUUUAUAAUCGAUGAGCAUAUGAGUGAUAGUGACAGUUACAUGGAUGAUGCGGCAUCUACUAGUGGCCAAUACGAUCAGCAAGAUAAAGAUCGGAGCUGGUUCAUAUCUUCACUUCAUCAAAUUUAUAGUAGAAGAUAUUUAUUACGCCGGAGUGCUUUAGAGCUAUUCAUGGUAGAUAGGUCAAAUUUCUUCUUUGAUUUUGAGGAUACAGAAGCAUGUAAACAGGCUUAUCGGGCAAUCGUUCAUACCAAACCUCCUUAUGUGAACAACAUUUUCCUAGCUACCCAGAGGCCUGAGAAAAUCUUUAAAAGGUUACAGUUGACAGAGCGCUGGGCUAGAUGGGAGAUUAGCAAUUUUGAAUACCUGAUGGAACUGAACACUCUUGCUGGGCGCAGUUACAAUGACAUUGCACAGUACCCUGUUUUUCCAUGGGUAUUAGCAGAUUACCACUCCAAAACAUUGGAUCUGGAAAAUCCGACCACGUUCCGGGAUCUUUCAAAGCCGAUUGGCGCUCUGAAUCCUGCACGACUGAAGAAAUUCAAGGAACAUUACUCUAGUUUCAACGAUCCAAUCGUCCCAAAUUUUCACUACAGUUCUCAUUACUCCAGUCCUGGCAUGGUGUUAUAUUAUCUUGUCAGGAUAGAGCCUUUUACUGCCCUUUCUAUUCAGCGGCAAGGUGGCAGCUUUGGUCAAGAUGAUCGUAUGUUUUCUUGUAUCAGCAGAACAUGGAAUAGUGUCCUUGAAGACAUGAAUGAUGUAAAAGAGUUAGUUCCAGAGAUGUUUUACCUUCCCGAGUUAUUUACUAAUGUGAAUUCGGUUGACUUAGGGACAACUCAUAUUACUGGGAAGCUAUGCUGCGUCCAAUUGCCUCCUUGGGCUGAGAACCCAAUUGAUUUCAUAUGUAAACACAGGAAGGCUCUUGAGAGUGAUUAUGUGUCUGCUCAUUUGCAUGAAUGGAUCGAUCUCAUAUUUGGACAUAAACAAAGAGGUAAAGAAGCAAUGGUGGCUAACAAUGUUUUUCCCUAUGCUACAUAUGAAGGGAUGGUGGAUAUUGAUCAAAUCAUUAAUCCAGUGCAACGGCGAUCUAUACAGGAUCAAAUAUGUAAUUUUGGGCAAACACCAUCUCAGUUGCUGACAGUCCCGCAUACAAAGAGAAGGCCAUUGACAGACAUCUUAAAGCUGCAGACAAUAUUCCGGAACCCAAAUGAAGUCAGAUCUUAUUUACUACCUAAUCCAGAAAACUGCAAUGUUCCUGCUAGUGCAAUGCUUGUAUCCGAUGACUCUAUUGUAGUCGUAGAUGCAAAUGUUCCUGCAGCACAUGUGGCGCUGCACCAUUGGCAGCCAAAUACUCCAAAUGACCCAGGGACACCUUUCCUCUUUCAUCAUGGAAGAAAUGCCAUAAAUUCUAGUGGUGGUGCAAUAAUGCGUAUCUUCAAAGGAUCUGCUGGUUCUGUAGACGACUGUCACUUCCCAAGGGCUAUAGCGUUUGCUGCCUCUUCAAUCCAAAAUUCAUUGGUUGUUGUUGUCACAUGUGAGAGAGAGGUUAUAACUGGGGGGCAUGCAGAUAAUUCCGUGAAGUUGAUCUCCCCAGACGGAGCACGGACCAUUGAAACAGCAUUUGGGCAUCUUGCUCCUGUGACCUGCCUCGCUUUGUCUUCAGACAGCAAUUAUCUUGUCACGGGAUCUCGUGACACAACAGUCAUACUUUGGAGGAUACGUCAGACAGGCUCUUCACGUAAGAAAAGUGCUCCAGAACCUCCACCAUCUACACCAACAACACCAAAUAGUCCUUCAGCCUCUGGUAAUAGCAGCACUAGCAAUCCAAGCAAAAUUUUACAAACCUGCAGGAGGCGACGAAUUGAAGGUCCUAUGCAUGUACUAAGAGGGCAUCUUGGAGAAGUAACUUGCUGUUCUAUUAGUUCUCACUUGGGACUUAUUGCUUCCUCUUCAAGUACGUCUGGUGUCCUUCUACAUAAUUUGAGGACAGGUAGGCUCAUUAGGAAGCUGGAUAAGCAAGAGGCACAUUUAUUGCGUUUAUCUUCUGAAGGAAUCAUAUUGAUUUGGAAUGAAUCAGAGAAAAGAUUAUCGACAUUCACUGUUAACGGAAUCCUGAUCGGUACCUCGGUUCUGACACCUUUCUCUGGGCGAGUUAGUUGCAUUGAGAUUUCUCUGGAUGGUCAGUUUGCUUUAAUCGGAACAUGCUUGUCCAGUAGUUGCAAUCGUGCUGGUUUAAGUGCUAUAGGUGAUGAUUACGAGCCUGACAAAUCCAAUGGUGACGAGGAUUUACCAGAAUCGAAUGGGACCAAAUUAUCUAUCCAUGUGCCCUCGAUCUGCUUCAUUGAUCUAUACAAACUUGAGAUAAUUCAUACACUAAAACUAGGGGAAGGACAGGACAUUACAGCAAUCGCUUUACACAAAGAUAACACUACUCUUCUUGUUUCGACGGCUGACAAGCAGCUCAUAGUCUUCACAGAUCCUGCUUUGAGCUCGAAGAUAGCGGAUCAGAUGCUGCAGGAAGCCGACGGGGUUCUCGAAUCGUGAGCUUGCUACGGCUGAUUCGCGCUAUUUUACCCAAUGAAGCUCCAAUGGACCAAUUUUGCAGCGAAAAGGUGUAGGCGACGGGCAAUUGGCUUGAUCGGAAUUCUGUACAGAAAAAGAGAAUGGGGCCCUUGCUAGAUUUUGGUCGUAUAGGAGGUACACGACCAAUUGCUACGGUUUUGAGGCCCGCAAUUUCACAUGCUAUGUGCACCGUCGAAUCUGCCUUCAACAGCUCUCCUGAUAGUGUACGCCUACCUCGCCAUCCUAGUUCUCCGUGGUCAAAGUGAAAACCUACCAUACCACACAAGGUUCUGACCCAUCUUGGUACUGUGCGGUCGAGGGAUUUAGCAGCAGUAUCGCAGUGUUUGUAUUAGUUGUGUCAGGCGUGCGAAACAGCGUGCCAAUAUGGACGCCGUGCCGCUGCCGUCUCUGUACAAAAUACUAUCCAAGAAAUUAAUCAUGUGACUCAUAAAAAGAAAAUUAAAUCGAUUGUACUGUCCAAAGAAUGAAAAACUUAGGACUUCAUAUUUCCCCAAU